AAAUUCUACUCUCCGUUCCCAUACGUUACACUUUAUUGUCACGCUGACUUGAUUUCCGCUCAACUUGGCACCUCACUAGCUAGUUAGCAUGCUAACGCUAGCCAAUAAGAAAGUAAGGGACUACGUGCUUGGGGGAUGGUAGGACACGGGCGCGAUUAAGCAGGUGCCACCAUGCGAAGUGUAUACCUCUUCCUGGUCCCCACCCUGCUGCUGCUCCUUCUGGCCCUCCCUGCCUCCAGAGGGCGCUAUAAUGACGAUUUUGACGACAGCGAGGACCUGACAGACUUUGACGACAAUGAUUUUGCGGAGUUUGAGGACAUGAGCGAUGACGAUGCGCCCGAGGCCGGAACCGCCACACCGCCGCAACGGGCCAACCCUUCCUCGCACGACCAGGAAGACGAAGAUGAAGACGAGGCCACAGUGGAGCUGGAGGAUGAUGGUCAGGAUGGCUUUGAGGACUCCGACACGCAGGAUCAGGACAUUUACAGCAAGUAUGACCAGGAGGAGUUUGAGGGGAUUGGAGACAUGGAGAAGACAGGACAUCCCGUGAAAGACCACCUCAUAAUCCACACGGUUCCUCCGCAUCUGCAGAACAGCUGGGAGAGCUAUUACAUGGAGAUCCUGAUGGUGACGGGCCUACUGGCCUACAUCAUGAACUACAUCAUCGGCAAGAACAAGAACAGCCGGCUGGCUCAGGCCUGGUUCAACUCUCACCGAGAACUUUUAGAGAGCAACUUUGCUCUCGUCGGCGAUGACGGCACCAGCAAAGAAGCCGUGAGCACGGGGAAGCUCAACCAGGAAAACGAGCACAUCUACAACCUGUGGUGCUCAGGACGUGUGUGCUGUGAGGGCAUGCUCAUCCAGCUGAAGUUCUUGAAAAGGCAGGACCUACUCAACGUUCUGGCCAGGAUGAUGAGGCCCACCUGUGACCAAGUGCAAAUCAAAGUGACCCUCAAUGACGAGGACAUGGACACGUUUGUGUUUGCUGUGGGCACCAAGAAGUCCAUGGCCCGCCUUCAGAAGGAGAUGCAGGACUUGAGUGAGUUCUGCGGGGACAAGCCAAAGUCCGGAGCCAAGUUCGGCCUUCCAGACUCUCUGGCUAUCCUUACUGAGAUGGGCGAGGUCACGGAUGGAGUGAUGGACAGCAAGAUGGUACAUUAUAUCACCAACCAUGCUGACAAGAUCGAGUCCAUCCAUUUCUCGGACCAAUUUUCUGGUCCAAAAGUUAUGCAAGAAGAGGGUCAGCCCUUAAAGCUGCCUGACACCAAGAAGACACUACUGUUUACAUUUAAUGUGCCUGGCAUGGGCAACACCUCUCCCAAAGACAUGGACGCUCUGCUCCCACUCAUGAACAUGGUGAUCUACAGCAUCGAUAAAGUCAAGAAGCUGCGUCUCAACCGGGAGGGAAAAAUGAAAGCGGACCGCAACCGGGCCCGGGUGGAGGAAAACUUCCUGAAGCAGACUCAUGCUCAGCGCCAGGAGGCCGCCCAAACACGACGCGAAGAGAAGAAGCGAGCCGAGAAGGAGAGGAUUAUGAACGAGGAGGAUCCGGACAGACAGCGUCGCCUUGAGGAAGCCGCCCAGCGCCGCGAGCAGAAGAAGAUCGAGAAGAAGCAGAUGAAGAUGAAGCAGAUCAAAGUGAAGGCCAUGUGAGAGAACGGAAGCUUCUGCGGCCACAGUGUGCGAGCAGACAUCAUAUUUUCUGUGGCUGUGCCAAGCUCAGCCUGCUCUGUCGCCAUCUGCUCAUCUUGGCAUUGAGCUAAGUGAGAAGGACCUUUUGUCACUAUCACAUCUUAUCACCACAACACAGCAUCAUUUUUUUAAAUUAAGUUUUCUUGGUGGGCUUUUAAAACUUCACCUGCUGUACCACAUUUUUAAAGUUAAAACAAGCAUCACAGUGGAGUUGAUUUUAAUUGUAAUAAUUAGCAUUAACAUAAUCUUCAAUGGUAAAAUCGACUACAUUUUAACUUAUAUCUCCUUGCAAGCUGUUUGUCAUGGAUGUCUGAGCAAAGUGAAUAAAGUGCACUGAAAUCA